CUCUGGCUAAAAGCGAGUGAAGAAGGACGGGAGAGGCAGAGGGGGAGAAGUUCAAGUGUGGGUUUUCUCCUUGAGCCUAGAAGAUUAUGGGUCAGGAGCUAUGUGCAAAGACGCGACAGCCUGGAUGCAGCUGCUAUCGUCGUUCGGAGGGAGGCGAGGCUCACAGCUGUCAAAGGACUCAGCCGGUGACGAUGGAGGCUGCGGUUGAGCUAACAGACCUAAAAGAAGCAUCAUGUUCCGUGACUUCAUUUCACCCCAGGGGACAUCAGACAGUCCGUGUCCGGAAGGUUAAGAGUAAAAGGCCACGGAGUAACAGUGAUUCUUUUCAGGAAGAGGAUCUGAAGCAGAGUUUUCAGUGGAGGAAGAGUUUCCCUUUUGGAGCAGCCUCGUCUUACCUGAAUUUGGAGAAGCUGGGUGAAGGUUCUUAUGCUACAGUUUACAAGGGGAUUAGCAGGAUAAAUGGACAGCUAGUGGCUUUAAAAGUCAUCAGCAUGAAUGCAGAGGAAGGCGUCCCAUUCACAGCUAUCCGGGAAGCUUCUCUCCUGAAGGGUUUGAAGCAUGCCAACAUUGUGCUCCUGCAUGACAUAAUCCACACCAAAGAGACACUGACAUUCGUUUUUGAGUACAUGCACACAGAUCUGGCCCAGUAUAUGUCUCAGCAUCCAGGAGGGCUUCACCCUCACAAUGUCAGGCUUUUCAUGUUUCAACUUUUGCGGGGCCUGGCAUACAUCCACCACCAACACGUUCUUCACAGGGACCUGAAACCUCAGAACUUACUCAUCAGUCACCUGGGAGAGCUCAAACUGGCUGAUUUUGGUCUUGCUCGGGCCAAGUCCAUUCCCAGCCAGACAUAUUCUUCUGAAGUUGUAACCCUCUGGUACCGCCCUCCAGAUGCCUUGUUGGGAGCCACUGAAUAUUCUUCAGAGCUGGACAUAUGGGGAGCAGGCUGCAUCUUUAUUGAAAUGUUCCAGGGUCAACCUUUGUUUCCCGGGGUUUCCAAUAUCCUUGAACAACUGGAGAAGAUCUGGGAGGUGUUGGGACUCCCUACAGAGGACACUUGGCCUGGAGUCUCCAAGCUACCUAACUACAAUCCAGAAUGGUUCCCACCGCCUAAGCCCCAAAGCCUUCAGAUGGUCUGGAACAGGUUGGGCAGGGUUCCUGAAGCUGAAGACUUGGCAUCCCAGAUGCUAAAAGGAUUUCCCAGAGCUCGGGUGUCUGCCCAAGAAGCACUUGUUCAUGAUUAUUUCAGUGCCCUGCCAUCUCAGCUGCACCAGCUUCCGAAGGUUUCAGGAGUGAGACUAAAGCCAGAAAUGUGUGACCUUUUGGCCUCCUACCGGAAAGGUCACCACCCAGCCCGGGUUAGCAAAUGCUGGUGAAAAGAAAGAGAGAGAUUCCCCAGGAUCAUUCCAGG